AUGUCUGUCGGAACGUCAGGAGGAACAUCGGUCAACAGGCUCGUCAAGUUAUCCGCCUUAACCAUUAUUCACCAGGAUGGGUCUUUUUUCGAACGAUGUGACUUGAGUACUUUGCCAAGAACUGUUCUGCAAGAACUUCUUGUGGCUUCCGUUUCUCGCUCGCGAAUUCUUGUUUUCAGAAGUUUGAUUGUUAACUGGCCGCUCGAGCAAGUUGUUCUGCAGAAAGUCUCAGGCUUCGACGAACCAAAAGCGGUUCUUCUCGCUUACUGUUUGCAAAGAACACAAACUAAUGUAAAGCUUAUAGACAUACGAGGAUGUAAUAUUGGUGAGUUUGAUUAAAAGAGAGGGGCCUUUAAACCUGCUAGAAUCUUUCUUACAUUUGUGUUAAAUUCAGCUUACACGACUAUUUCCAUUUAAUGACCUGAACCUAACCUAACAACAUCUGUCCUUCAGAUGAGUCACCUAUACCAAUUAUUUUUUUAUAGGAAGGCACAAUAUUGUACUGUGUAUAAGGGUGCUUACCAUUUAGUCAGAACUGGCCAGUGAAACCAGCCUCCCACUUAUAAAAAAAGUUAACUAUUACUUGGAAAUGUCCAGCCAGAUCAGUCCAUUCCUUAAUACUUUGCACAGAAGUGUUUGGUUUUCAGGAUGACUUGUCCGAUCAGCCCUUUCUGGCUUCUGUACACAGCACGUGUUCACUAAUCUGCAACUUUUGCAGACCAGAGAAAUGACUUUACAGUAUUCAACCACCUUCAUUUUCAUUUUUCCUGUAGGCCUUCAAGGGACCACAGCAUUUUGCAAGCUGGCUGUCAAUCUUCCAGUUUCAGACAAUGAUGUCUCUGGAAUGAAAAUUUUAGACACGCGCUCUUCAAACAAUUUGUUAAAACAGAACCAUCUGGCGACAGAUCUUCCAAAACAAAGAAUUCCUCCUGUGGUUGUGAUGCUUGAUGCUGUCGUUGAUGGUAAAAACUGUGCCCUUGCAAUUCAAGCUUGCACUAAUCAUUUAUUCAUAGAGUUGAAAAUGUCAAAUGUAACAAUGCAUGAAGUUCCAGGAGGAAGGGAUAUAUAUUCUCUUUUAACAACUUUAGAGGUGAGAUGAUCAUAUUACAGCAACUAAAUGUUCUGUUGGCUAGCCACACCCCUUUUACACUGGUUAGACAUAAUGGUAUGUGUAAAGGGGUGGAGGAGUACUCAUAUGUGCUACUAUAGAGGAUAUGGUUCUUAAAUUAAAAGAGUGGAGAAACUAGCUACUGACUUUUAAUAAGGGAUUAUUGACCAGAAAAAUUAUUAGAGGUAACAUCCCGUCUGAAGUAAUAACUUGAGGUAAGAAUUUCAUGACAAUUGAAAGCAUAUGUCAGGCAGAAACUCCCUCAAACUAGAAAUAGAGGAUAUACGAAAGGAGGAGAUACGAAAUUUCUCUUCGAGUGUUGAAAAAUAUUUCACAACAGAGCGCAGCGAAUGAGUAAAAUAUUUUCAACAUGAGAAGAGAAAUUUCGUGUCUCCAAGCAGCCAUGUAAUGUUCUAUUUAUUAUAUAAACACCAAUGAAAUACCAAACCAUUUCAAUGAAACAGUUUUUUCCCGCGAAUAAGGCGUGAUUUAUUAUGUAGCCAUAGCAACAGUGAUUUUUUCACGUGUGAAAAUAACAUGUUAUUUUCACGUGUGAAGAUAUCAUGUUUUCGCGCGAAAGCUCACCUGGUAUUUCAUUGGUGUUUAUAUUAUAAUAAAUAAUAAAUAUUGUAAGUAAGGUGUUGCUGUAAAUGCUUGAGUCAGUGGCCCACGGUAGGCUAAAAAAUUAAGUAAUGAUCCAGGUAGGAAGGAUAGCAAUUUCUUUUGUUAUGCAGCAACGGUGCUUUCCCCACAUAGGAAUGUUCUCAUUUUUACACAGAGAAUGCGUAAACCUACAUGAAGGCCGUUUACGCAAUAAAAAUGCAUUUACACUCCACUUUGAAAGGGUGUUUUUUUGUGUUCAAAGAUUUUGACCAAUCACAAAAGUUGAAAACAACAGCCAAGAAAAGUUUACAAUUUUACAUUUCCCCACAUAGGAUUUCUUUGUUACUCAAACUGAGACCAGAUUUUGUUAUAUGAAAGAUGGCUGGAAAGUAAGGAUGAAUAUAAUUAUGUACUGCUUUAUGAAGUUUUGUUAAAGUUUGCUGUUUAAGCCAAUCAGAAGUACAGACAAUAGAAAAGUUAGCACCUUUUAGUUCCAACAUGUUCAUUGUCGUUCAGUGCUAUCGUUCUUAUCUAGACCGUUUCUUAAUCAAGUGCCUCUUUCAAAUAAGCACUUGAGGAUGGCAAAAGAACCGGAAAACAAGAUAUUAAAAACCAAGAAAAUGUACAAAAAACAAACACACAAAUCUGGGUUUACACUUACAGAUAAGUUCUUGUUGUCCUGUUCACUUAUUAAGUUUUCAUUCAUUUUAAACAAGAACAAUUUUAUUGUUACAUGUUGAGGCUGAGAUUCUGAAGAUGUAUAGAUGUAUAACUACUAGGUAGAAGAGCUGUGAAUAAACUGCUAAAUUAUUAUUAUUAUUAUUAUUAUUGUUAUUAUUAUUAUUAAGAACAAACUAAGCACCCCACUACAAAUAACUGCCCUCCAUCCUCUUGUUGAAGUAUUUUUGAAAGGAUGGGGAAAUCUGUCAUUUUAUUCUGUAAAAAGGCACAAAAGGACUAACAAUCCACUUUAUGGCUGUGAAAAAGUUCAAGAAACAUUCUGUUGUUGUGAUUUAUUCACAUAAGUUUAAGGAUAGUUCAUUUACAGCAGUUACAAGGGAUCCAAAGUUCUCAACUAGGUAUUUGAAAGGGAUACCAUAUUUCAGUAGAAGGUAUAUGAAAAGCCUGGGUACAUUUUCUGUCAAAAAUGGUAUAUUAAAGGGUAAGGGGUUGGACCUUGGGACGGAGCCUCCCUGUAUAAAAUUCUUUUGUUGAGUGCCCCCCUGUGUGUGUGAAACACUAAGCAUGUAAUGUAUUAAAUUUUUCUUUCAGCCUGAAUUCACCACAGGUCUUGAUCUGUCACUGAAUGGUUUACAACAGCAGGGAAUCCUGUCUAUCUCACCAGCACUGCUGCCUCUGACAAAUCUCAUGGAGCUCAACCUUUCCUACAAUAUGAUUGGUCACAGAGACACAUGCGCUAUUCAGCAGAUAGCAACAAUCUGCAGUAACCUGAGAAGACUGAAAAAACUUGACCUGUCCGGUAAUUACAUCAAAGCAGGAGUUGGCAUUAUUCUUCAAUGUUUGCAGUCAAAUCUCACACAUCUGGCACUGAGCGGAUGUGGUGUUGAAGAAGGCAAUCUUUACAAAAUGUGCUCCCUCAAAACACUUGGGCAUUUAAAAUUUUUAAGGCUGGAUGGCAAUGGAUUAGCAAACUACAUUGAUCCCUUGUGUAAUUUCAUCACCAAAUCAGCCAGAACACUUGAGCAUUUAUCAAUAGAGGACAAUAUGUUAGAUUCAUCAAACAUAACACCUCUUUGUCAGAUGAUAAAACAGCUGCGCUCACUAAAGAUGUUGUCAUUGUGUUACAAUCACCUUUUACCUGAUGACAUAAGAACAUUCAGGGAAGAGUUUCCAGCACUUGAGAUUAUUAACAAAGACUGGCUGUUUUAGUAAUUGACAUAAUGAUCAUCAUUGCAUAGUUAAAAGCUAGCCUGAGAAAACAGCCAACUUUUUGUGAUGCCAACCACUAGCCUGUAUACAGACAUUGUUUUAUUUUUCUUUUCGUUUUAUUUUUUUACACACGCACUCGACAGACUUUGAAGAGAAAAUAGAGAGUCUGUGAA